CUGCCUGUCUGUCUCCCUGUCUCUCUGCCUGUCUGUCUCUCUGCCUGUCUGUCUCUCUCCCUGUCUGUCUCUCAGGGUGGAGUCUGGAAUCGUUGCUGACAUCGAGAUCGACAGCUUGUUGCCGUCUGACUGUGACACGUUUUACCAGAUCAAGAGUCAACCAAUCAGUGCUUCAACAGCUUCAUCAUGUUCCUCCUCACUGCCCUCCAGGGUUUUGAUGCGUCAGGAUCUGAUGCGUCAGCAGGCUCUGGAGGAGGAGCAGAAGGAGGUGCAGCAGCAGCUGCUCCUUCGCCCGACAGACUCCUCCUCCCCCAUCUCUGUCUCUGUGUCUUCCUCAUGCAGACCUCCUGCUCAGGUCCCUGUGGAGGUGCUAAAGGUGCAGACUCACCUGGAGAAUCCCACCAGGUAUCACAUCCAGCAGGCUCAGAGGCAGCAGGUGCGUCGGUAUCUCUCCAAUGCAAAGACAGCCAAUCAGAAUGCAGCUGGACCGUCACCAAGCCACUCCCCUCACCUGGGCCCCACCCCCAAACUACAGCCUGCAGACAUCUUCAGAAAAACAGAGAUGGAAGAUACAGUCAUCGAUGACAUCAUCAGCCUGGAAUCGAGCCUGAACGACGAGUUUCUGACGCUGAUUGAAUCCGGACUACAGCUCGCCAACACGGUGAGAAUAUAUAUACAGGAAACAUGCGGGAAACAUACAUGAAACAUGCAGAAAACAUACAGGAAACAUACGGGAAAACUACAUGAAACAUACAUGA